AUGAAGUCCCCGAGAAGUGCCGAGCGGCUGACUUUCUCCCCAUUGAUGAUGGCUCGACGUACUGGAUCAGCUUCAUUCGGGCGCCGUUCGUCUCAGCCACUGGAUCGCUUACAUCACCUCCUGACUUCCGAUCGAAAUCCUCCUUCAGGUUAUGCCAAAAAUAAUAAUCCUGUCUCGCCUCUUCGACUGGCUCUUGACCUCAACCUCCUGGACCUCAACGAGGUUGUGGUCGUUGUCGAGUAUCAUGUCACCCACAUGUACCACAUCUGGCGAGGACUACAACCACACAACCCAAUCCACCAUCUCCCCUACCACCUCCUCCUCCUCUUUCAUGUGAAGCGGACCUUGUUGGCGGGAUUCGUCAGUGGAUGCAGUAAACUGAAUAAUGCCUUUGUCUCGCUGCCUCGACGCCUUCUCAUUCAUUCAGCGAGUCCCUACCACCAGCACCAACUCUGGCUUCCGAGGCAUGGAUAUACUGGAGCAUCAAGGUUUUGGUCGCAGCAGCACUCGCAGGAAUGUCGCCUGACUGAACUGAACCUUCGCCCCUAUCAGAAAGAACCAGGUGGGGUAGAGGUAUCCAGGUUUUUUAGCAGAUACUUGAAGCUAGUGCUGUUUUACAUACGAUGGCCAUUUCUGGGCGAUGGAAUUAGGUACAACCGCCGGUCAGACGUGUUGAGGAACCUCGGUGCCAUGCAAAAUGAGCAUCACCGCUUGGAAGGCGGAUGGAUCUCUGAAUGGAGCCAAACAUGA